CAACACACACAGCUCACCCCGGAACGAAAAUCCCAAGUGCAGUGAUGUGAUUUGAUGGGAAGCUCGGUAAAAAGAAAGCAAAACUGCCGCAACGAAACGACCGACAUUGCAGCCAGGACCGACCGAGUGGUUUGCGUUUAGUUUUUUGCGUUAAUGGGACUCGCCGUUUGUUGUGAAAUGUGAUAAGUGCUGGAUGGUUGGUUAAUGUGCGUUCAAGGAACACGAGCCCCUUGUUACAAAUGCGAAACACACAGAAUAAAGGCAGUGCUUAAAAUGCCCUCUGAUUGCAGCUGCCGCACGACCUUCGUCUGUUUGCGUUGAAGUUACAGCACUGAAAAAAGAAACUAUGCGUUCUGUUUUCGGCCAUGCCAGAAGGUUACGACGGCAGCAGCACAUAGGCGAGACGGGCGACGCGCAGGAAGGGUAGAGAGAUGCAUCAUCAGAUUUGCAACAAGGGACGGUCAUCAAACGGGAAACCAACGAAAAAGCAGUGUAUCCCUUUAAUGCAUCGGUGAAUAUGAUGCAUUUGAAAUGGUUGCAAGUGUAGAGGAACUGCACAUUACACAGAGCAGAGAAAAACAAAGCUAUACACAAAAGAACGAUUGAAAAGUGCGUGGCCCUUCGUUAUCUCAAUUAUGCGAUUUGUGUCUAAUUGACAUUAACGAUUGAAACGCGCAGCAAAUACCAGGACGGCAGCGGGACAUUCCUACUGAGGAGGGUGGAUUUACGCUUUGAAUCUGUUGUUGGGCUGUGCCUAACUUGAAAACGACCAAAUCUAGUUCCGUAACGAUACCCGAGUUUUGGGGGACAAUCCUUUCACGAGCAACAGAUCCGCGCUGAGGAAGUAUUGUCUGACUGGGCCGCCUAUAGAGAUUGCCAUACGCCACUACGCGCUAAUGGAGUAAACAGAGCACAGAGACCGAGACCAAAUCAAUCAUUGUGGUGGUAGAAACGAUGAAUCACUAGCAGCAACACACCCUACCCACUAAUCGAAGCAAUCGUGCCAAGCGUCAACGACAACAAGGCGUAGGAAGGUGGUGGGGGUGGGCGAGGCAGGUAAUCGCCGUGCAUUCUAAAAGCGUCUGAAAAGAACAAUCCAAAAAGGAACGUAUCCUGCCUGGUGGCACAGGUACGACAAAACGGAAAAAGAAACUGCACGAUUGGGCGACCCCUAAGGGCAACUUCGUAACUGCGGAAGCCCUCGGGAACGCAUAAAAAAACUAUAGGUAAAUUGGUGCACAGACGUCGCGACGACAUUCUGAUUGGGCGCUGUCCGUCGUUGAACGGCAGCGGCAAGCGGCGCCACCGUCGUGUAUAGGUGUUGGUGCGUUACGCGUCCAUACGACGGGGCGGGUGUAUUGUUGAGCGUGUGUGUCGGGUCGUCUCAACAAUAAUUAUCGACAAACUGACUGGCUGGCAAAGGGGGCGAGAGCGCAUGUAGCGAAUGGAUUUACAUGAUACGGCACAGGCAUCAGCAGCAGCAGCGCGAUCAUCCACAGUGACCAGUUUUCAAACGGGGACGGCAAACGUAGCACAAGAGGGAAACAGCGGUAGUAAUGGUGGUGGUGGUGGUGGUUAUAGUAGUCUAGUCAGAGGGUCUGCUACUGAUUGUGGUUCCACUAGUGCUAAUCGCAACACGCUCGAAGAACAUCCGUACGAAUCCAACAAAUCGCACUAUCGACCGAUUCGCAGCCCGGUGGUACCGCGACGCCUUCCAAGACAGCAGCGGCUAGGAAGUGGAGACAGUGCUGCUGGUGGUGGCGGUGGCGGUAGUGGUUCCAGAGAUAAGCACCCUAGGGAAAGGUCCCACGAGGAAGCGAAACCAGCAGGGAGCAGCAGUGCGCUGGAAAUGACUACGACGACAAUGGAAAUGCUAACGACAGCAACAACAACCACGCCUGCGACGGGCAAUUCGUCCUCGAUUGCCAGUACGACAGCAGCCAGUGGAGGAGGUGGAAGUGGUGUUCCAUUCAGCGCAGGUGCCAGCUUAGAGGAGAUGAUGCGAAGCACCAUGCCAGUCGAUUACAGUAAUCUGUCCGGCGUUGGACCCUUGCUGGAGGAGGUAGAUGGUAAUGUGACAACCGUGUCACAGCACAGCAAUGAUUCCAUCGAACGGACCGCGCUGCCGGGCUCUUCGGGCCAAGCGCACGGCCACGCUCAUCAGAAGGGCCAUUCGCGAGGGAGCAGUGCGCCGCUGGCAUACGAUCGCAUCACCACCAAGAUUGCUUGCACGAAGGAACUGAUUCGGAAGGAGCAGGAAGCGCGGGAUUCCAAUGUGAACGAGUAUCUGAAGCUUGCAGCCAAUGCAGACAAGCAGCAGCUCCAGCGCAUCAAGGCAGUGUUCGAGAAAAAGAAUCAAAAGAGCGCCAACAAUAUCUCGCAACUGCAAAAGAAGCUGGAAUCGUACAACAAGCGAUACAAGGACAUGCAGCAAACGCAACAAAAGCAGGCACAUCAACAACAGCAGCAGCAACAAACGCAGCAACAGCAGCAGCAACAACACGCUGCAGUUGCGGCGAGCUUGCUACUCCAGCAGCAGCAGCAGCAGCAGCAGCAGCAACAAGCGGUGCUGCUUGCGGGUGGCAGUCAAACGUUGCCGCCCAAUCUGCAGCAGCUAGCAGUGGCGACCAAUCAACAGCAGCAGCAGAGCUUCUUGCAGCCUCGCGAGAUGCUGCGAGACGUAGGCCAGGGUCUAAGAAACGUCGGUGGCAACAUCCGGCAUGGUGUGACCGGUUUGUCGGCGACUGUGAUUUCAAAGCCGCGGAAGUUCGCCCACCUCAUACGGAACAAGUUUGGCAGUGCGGACAACAUUAAUCAGCUCACAUCGACCUGGUACACCGGCAGCGCGGCUGACAGUGACCUUUCCGGAAUGGACGUCGGGAGCGGUACGGAAGGGCAACAAACCACACCAAAUGCAAGUGGGCCAGGUGGUGGUGGUGGUGGCGGAGGCGGACAGAGCAAUCAACACAAUACUAGCAUAAGCGACAGUGAGGGACGACGGGCUGCUGGGACUACACCUGGGCAGGGUCACCACCAUCAACACCAACAAUUGCAUGCCGUGUCUUCGGGCCAUCGCCAUCACGGUCGGGCCGGGGGGAAAUACAGCGAACAUGACAGUGAAUGUAGCAGCGUCACUAGUGAUAGCAUACCGCUCGGGUCGGACAAACACCGAUUAAGCUGCACUCAGCGGUGCGUCAAUUACAAGGCCCUCAACGAGCUGCGGGAGGAGUACGGGAAGCUGAAAGAGCGGCUCGACCGGGUCGAGUUGGUCCAGAAGGAGGUGACGGAGCUUUCGAUGGCGCUGGAGAACGAGCGGUACCGAGCGGACCGGCUGGAAGAGCAGAUUAAUGAUCUGUCCGAGCUACACCAGAACGAGCGCGAGAAUUUGAAGCAAGCGAUCGCCGAUCUGGAGGAAAAGGUGCAAUACCAGAGCGAUGAAAGGUUGCGAGACGUGAACGAAAUUCUCGAAAACUGCCAGACCCGCAUUUCCAAGAUGGAGCAACUGUCGCAGCAGCAGUACGUUACGGUGGAAGGCAUUUACAACUCAAAUGCACGUGCCGUAGUGGUGAAGCUGAUCAACGUCGUGCUGACCGUGCUGCAGGUGAUCCUGCUCCUGGUGGCAACGGUAGCCGGGAUCAUAGUGCCAUUUCUCAAAACGCGGCUGCGUGUGCUGACGACGCUUUUCUGCACACUCGUGCUAAUAGCCAUCGUGCGGCAAUGGCCGGAUGUACGGGACACCGGUGUGCAUCUGAUUCGGAUCUUACGUAGUCAAGUCGUCAGCGAAACGUCGACCUAGUGAGCGAUGAGAAUCAGACGACGGUUUUAAAAAGUGGCUUUGCAUUUUUAGGGAACGAACGCGACGGGAGAAUAUAAAUUGGUGACCAAAUUUGAAUGCUCAGCUCAGAUGUUGUACGUCCAAAAGUGUACGUACCAAUCGGAUCGCACGAACGAAAGGAUAUAACCAGGCUGGAGCGUAAAUGCUAUUUGCUCAAAAAGAAAAAAAAACUAUGCGGAAGAAGUCGUAGUUCAUCAAUGAACUAUUCUCUACUAUUAGCCAGAUGUUAGUUGAACAAGAAUCCAUCCAAGAAAUGCUCCACAAAAAAAAACACAAAUCCGUACACACCAGCGAAUGAUAAAGAUCGUUAGUAUUAUUGCUGAUAGAUUAGAGGGAGAGAUUCAAUUUUGGCUCACCAAGUGCAAUGCGGUGUAAGCGGGAGUGCUAGUGUGCGUGUGUGUAUGUUAAAAUUGGCCAUAUAUUAGAGCACUUUGCAAUCUUGAUUCUUGCAUAGAAAAUAAUUGUCCGUUCUUAACCUUUCGAAGCUCUGUUAGAAAAUAUACGAACAGUAGAAAAUGCAAUCAACUAUUCAUAGCAAUUCCUACACUCUCAACCCUUUCAGAAUGUUCCAAACAUAACAGGCAUUCGUAGAAAAAAUAUGAAAAUCAUUUGAUGCAACACAACACGCGUCGCCAAAAUGGUUAUUGUUUUAAAAUAUUCUUCUGAGCAAAUUCCUCUCGCAAAGCAAACUAUCGCUAGCAUCUAACAUUGCAGGACAUUUUUCGCAGGGAGAAAACGAAAGCAAUCUUUUUUAGAUGAAGCCAUUAGAUGAUGUUUAAACUAGUAGUGUGUUUCGAAAAAACAAAAACAAACCCAUCUUUACGGUUUGACGAACGGUUGGCAAUUGAAUUGUAUAACGACGGGUUUAACAUCCCUUAGAAGAAAAAAAACAGUUACCCGUAACUUCACAAGAUCACGAAAUGUCUCGAAGACGUAAAAAGUAGAAAUCGAUAACAGGCUUUUUCCAUGUAUGUGUGUGUGUCUCAAA